AGCUCGCCACAGGCUGACGCUGAGAAAUGGGAGCAACCGCUCGGCGAUUUUAAACAAAGACGUCACAUAUUUCACUUCUUUUUUUUACCGUUUUCGUCGGAGCAACCAGAAAAAGAAAGCAUGACAUCUCCUCAGAGAAGUCCCAAAGACCUCAAGUCGAUGAUUAUUGACACCAAACAGGACAUGGACGACGUCCACCAAGCUCUGGAUAAACUGAGGGGGCUUUCCCAAGAGGAGAGAAGUGAGGCAGAAAUGUUGAGGUCCAGAAUCGACGAGCAGUCCAGUCUCAUCUGCAUUCUGAAGCAGCGAGCAGAUGAGAUGCUGCUUCGCUGUCAGGCUCUGGAGCGUAUCAACGCGGAGCUGGAAAAGCUGCGAGCUGACGUGCAGACAGAGCUGGAAAAUGAGCAACAGAGAUCCAAACAGCUGGAGAAGAGGUUCAUGGACCUCGCCGCCAACCAUAGAGAGCUGAUCAAAUUCAAAGAUGAGUACAAACAACAGAACGCAGAGCUGCUGAAAGAGAACCAGAGACUCCAAGAGGAGAAUGAAAAACUGUUUAGUAAAGAACUGGAGGAGAAAGAAAAGACCAUUCUGAAGCUGACCCAAGAGCUGAGAGACCUGGCUGAGCAACACAGACAUUUAGAAAAAGAAUAUCAGGAUAAAACAACAGGUUUCCAGAUGAAGAUAAAGGAGCUGAUGAAUCUCCAUCAGAUUAAAGAAGCAUCAUUGCAAGACGAGUUGCACAACACUCAGAAACAGCUGAAGAAUGCAGUAGAAAUGUGUGCAGAGAUGGAUCUGAAGCUCAGGCAAAGUCAUGAAAGAGACACGAUGAAAGAAACCGAAAGCCAGGAGAAACUUGAAGCUCUUCUAAAAGAGAAAAAUGAAUUACUGGAACUGUCCAUGCAAAGAGGGAAAAUUAUACAGGAUAAACAAGUGGAAAUCCAAGAGUUAGAAAGAAAGAAGCAGGAGGCAGAGAAUGCUAGGCAGGAUGCAGAGAACAGGUUUGAGAGAGAAGCUGCUGCAGUGAAUGGAGAUUUGAGAGUGAAGGAGCUCCAGCAGGCUCUCAAUGAAGCUGAGGAGACAUGCAGUGAUCUUAAGAAGGAUUUUGAGGCGUAUAAAAAGCACAGCAGCGACUUGCUGGCAAAAGAAAAGGAGUUAAAUGCCAAACUUCGCCACAUGAUCAGCUGAUUUCUCCAUCCACUCAAACCAUCCAGCUCAUCCAUCCGAUUCAUCCAUCCAUGUCAUUGAAAGAAGAGAUUCAUUUUGUUGUCAUUAAAAUUACAUUUUAUAAGCCA